UCAUCACACAAGAAGUCCAGAACACGUAUACGGUUGAUCGUCUCUCCAUUGCCAAAUCCACUUCGAUCGUAGUAGUCAUGAAAAUCAACAAGUCCCUAGUUUUGUGCCUAUCCUUCUCGGCGUGCCUAGCCCUCGCCGCCGCAGGCUGGUCUCCCGGCACCGCCACGUUCUACGGCGGAGCCGACGGCUCUGGCACCAUGGGUGGUGCGUGCGGGUACGACAACCUGUACAACGCCGGGUACGGCGUGAACAAUGCGGCGCUGAGCUCGACGCUGUUCAACGACGGCGCGUCGUGCGGGCAGUGCUACCUCAUCACCUGCGACGCGUCGCGUCCGGGCGGGCAGUGGUGCAAGCCGGGCAACUCCAUCACGGUGUCCGCCACCAACCUGUGCCCGGCCAACUACGCGCUCCCCAACGGCGGGUGGUGCGGCCCGGGGCGCCCCCACUUCGACAUGUCGCAGCCGGCGUGGGAGCGCAUCGGCAUCUACAGCGCCGGCGUCAUCCCGGUCCUGUACCAGCAGGUCAAGUGCUCGCGCACCGGCGGCGUGCGCUUCGGCAUCGCCGGCUCCCAGUAUUUCCUGCUCGUCAACAUCCAGAACCUCGGAGGCAGUGGCUCCGUGGGCGCCGCCUGGGUGAAGGGCGACAGGACGGGGUGGAUCCAGAUGUCCAGGAACUGGGGCGCCAACUGGCAGGCGCUCGCCGGGCUCGUCGGCCAGGGGCUCAGCUUCGCCGUUACCACUACCGGCGGGCAGUACAUUCAGUUCUGGAACGUGGUGCCUAGGUGGUGGCAGUUCGGACAGACCUACACCACAACCCAGAAUUUCUACUACUAAAACCUGCAAUCAGCGCUAGCAGAGUUCUUGGAUCGAUCUUCCUGUCGCUAUUUCUUGUGGUUCGGUCAAAUCGUAAGGGUGGGAGCCUGGGAGGUCCUCUUUUGUUUUCACGACUGUGCCUAAUGGACACUAUUUCAUUGAGAAGUAUAUAUAGAAGGGUGGGAGGUCCUCGUGGCCUGCUCUCUUAAUUUCUUUCAACUUUGUAGAUAUAUUUCCUGAAUUUUAGAUAUUUCUUUCAACGUUUGUAGAUAUAUACUUACUAUAUACACUAUACAUGUAUAUGAUUUCCGAUACUGCA